AUGAAAAAUAAAGAUUAAUUGAAUUCGUGCUUCCGAUUAGUCUAAUAUUGCCUUCCUAAUUUAAGACUACGAAAUUAAUUCAUUUUAAUAGUGGCAGUAUUUGUUUUGCUCAUUGUUACAAUAAUCGCUUUAUGGAAUUUAGCACAUUAGUCUAUUUUAAAUAACCUAUUUUUAGGCGAGUCUGAUCUAUUAUAUGAUACUUAAUCAAAAAUAAGACUAUCAUUUAUGCUGAAUAAGUAUAAAUCCUAUUUCUAUUAAAUAUUUGCUUUAAACGGAAAUGCUCUCAUUUCAUUUCAUAGAUUGUAUUUAAGAACCAAAAAGGAAGUCAUGAAGGGCUCGCUUGAAAUUAAUAAAAACUAUUAAAUGGAAUAUGAAGGAAUGAUUUAAAUACCUGAUCCUUUGAGAAUACUAAAUGAAUAUGGUUCAAACAUCUCAAAUUCUUUUAUGUGUUACUCUAACACUUCGGCCUACAGUCUUCCAUUGACUGAAGAGGAAAGAAUAGGAAUUAAAUUAUAAGAAUAAAUCUAAGCCUAUGGAUAAAUAUUAUAUUAAGGUUCAUUAAUAAUGCAAUCCAAUAUUUACUCUUAUAUUGACCUAUAAAAAAUAAAUAACUUAUAUCCAUGUGUCAAUAGAGGCUAAGGUAUUUUUACUUAUGCCCCUGAAAAGAGAGAUUGGUAUAAAACGCUAAAAUCCACAUAUUUCAAUGCCACAAAAUAUAAUUCCUAUUCCUUUAAAUUUACAGCUCCAUAUUUAUUGUUUACAUACUAAACAAUAGGGUUGUCUAUGACACUACCUAUAGUGGAUGAAAAUGUCAAAUUUGUAGGAGGAGUUUCAUCAACAUUUUUAGGUUCAAAAUUAGUGUAAUAUCUAUCAAACAACGAAACAGGAUUUCAAUUAACUUAUUUGGUUUCAGAGGAUGGUACAUUAAUUAUGCAUCCUUUUACAGUUAAAGCUGAUUAGUUGCCACUUUAUAUUUAUAAUGAAACUUUUACUGGAUUCAAUUUGACUGAUUGGUAUGAAAUAAAGAAGACUGAUGGAAUAUCUUCAUGUUAAUAAUUUAAUCUUCGAACUACUUUAAAAUGUCGAUAUAAUUCGGUUACUCAAUAGGAAAUGAUAGUCACUAUUGAAAAUCUAAUCGAGUAUAAAAUGUAUUUAAUUAUGUAAUAAAAUAUUGAAGACAAUAAAUAGGUUGUUGAGUAGUAGUGA